AGGGCAGAGCCAGCGCAGGAUGGCAGGGGAACAUGUCCGAGACUCUCCUCUGCUCAGCGCCCUGUCCGGCCUCAGCCUGACCGCUCUCGACCGGCCUCAACCGGUUCCUGUGGAGGCCAGGCCCCUGCCGGAGCUCCCGCAGCCCCCCCGGUGCCUGCCGCCGUCUCCGUCUCCAUCCUGUGAUUCUUUGGCGUCCGAUCGAAGCUUCACAGAGCCCAGGUCUCCUUCAGGGGAGUCUUUGAGACAUGAACAACUUUCUGUAAAGCAGCCUUCCAACAUGGCGGCGGCUGUGGCGUCCACGCCUUCCUCGCCGCCUCCCUCCCCCAGCAGGCCGAGCCCGGUGUCGACCCAGGCCCGGCCGCAGGAUCUCUAUGUGCCGAUGGACCCGAUAGCUGAGACGUCCUGCAGCCGGCGAGGCUCAGCAAGGACGCAGGAAACUGCCGGUCGCACACAGGAAGUGGAGCCUCUGGACAGCCAGCCGGACUCGACAGACAGCAGCGGAGAAUAUGUCAAGUUUUCCAAGGAGAAGUUCUGGCUGGAGCCGCCGUCGGAGACGCUGAGGAAGCAGCUGGAGGAGGAGCUGAAGCUGAGCAGCAGCAACCUGAGGAGCCACGCCUGGUACCACGGCUGCAUCCCCUGGGAGGUGUCAGAGAGCCUGGUGUUGAAACACGGUGACUUCCUCAUCAGGGACUCCCAGUCCAGCCGGGAAGACUACGUGCUCACCAGCCGCUGGGAGCACAACACACUCCACUUCCUCAUCAGCAAGACACUGGUCCAGUCCAGCGAGACGUACACGCGUGUUCAGUACACGCUGGAGGGCGAGGCCUUUGACUCGGUACCGGCCCUCGUCCACUUCUACGUGGGGAACCGGGCGGCUCUGACCCGGCAGAGCGGCGCUCAGAUCCACCAGCCGGUGAACAGGACUCUGCCGCUGAGCUACCUGGAGACGGCCUUCUGCCUGGCCGGGUCAGCGGGCUUAGCCGUCAGCUCGCCGUCCUGCCAUCGAGGGCUGAAGCCCGCCGGCGGUGGGAGCGGAGCGGAGAGGGUCUGUCCCUGGAGGGAGGCAGAUGGCAGCCAGGAGGAGAACCAGCCUCUGUUUACCGCUGGGGAAGCUGCUCUCACUACACCAUACAACACUCCCCGCUCCAGAAGCCCUUGCAGCAGCCGGGCGGCCAGCGUGGCUCCGUCCCCCUCGCUCUCCAGGAGCUCCGGUGCCGCCGGCCCCCGUCUCUCCCCGAACAACACCCUCCAUGCCCAGCGGAACGACGGACCCCAGCCUCCCCUGAGCCAGGACCCCCUGGCCUCGGACACGGACGGCGGCGGCUACACGGAGCUGCUCCCCGGCCCUCAGAGCUACGUGGAGAGGCUGCGAGCGGAUGAAGGGCCGGGCGUCGACCCGCUGAGGGCGGAGGAUGGAAACGUCUACUUCUGCCCCGUGGUGGAGAGCGUGUCCUCCUUCAGGCCCAGCAGGUACCAGUCGCCGCUGAUGCCCAAGGAGAACAAACCGCUGGAGGUGGGCAUCCUGCGGAGGGUGAAGGAGCUGCUGGCUGAGGUGGAUCCCAAGACAGCCGCCAAACACAUCACCAAGGCCGACUGCAUGGUGGCCCGGAUACUGGAUGUGAGUCCGGAGGUGCAAAGGAUGAUGGGAGUGAGCUCGGGGAUGGAGCUGCUCACGCUGCCUCAUGGCCAGCAGCUCCGUCUGGACCUGCUGGAGAGGUUCCACACCAUGGCCGUCAUGUUGGCGGUUCACGUUCUGGGCUGCACAGGAACGACGGAGGAGCGAGCCAACCUGCUGCACAAAACCAUCCAGAUAGCGGCUGAGCUGAAGAGCAGCCUGGGCAACAUGUUCGGCUUCGCUGCCAUCAUGAGAGCCUUGGAGCUGCCGCAGGUGUCCCGUCUGGAGCAAACAUGGACGACGUUACGUCAGCGGCAUACAGAGGGCGCUAUUCUCUAUGAGAAAACCCUGAAGCCGUUCAUGAAGAGCCUGAACGACGGGAGAGAGAGCUGCCCGCUGUCCAACACCACGUUCCCCCACAUGGUUCCCCUGCUGUCCCUGUUGGAGAAGAGCGCGGCGGUGGGCGAGGGGGCGGAGCCGUGGGAGACGGUGGAGACCGGGGUGGACGUGGUCAUGGCGCACCUGGGGGCGGCCAGGACCGUCGCCCAGCUGGGGGGCAUCUACAGGUCCAACGCUGAGGCCAAACUGCAGGGUUUCCAGGAGCGGGCCGAGGUGCUGGAGCUCUUCCUGACCGACUUCCAGAUGAGGCUGCUGUGGGGGAGCAGGGGAGCCGAGGAGAACCAGGCUCAGCGCUACGCCAAGUUCGACCAGGUGUUGACUGCCUUGUCCAACAGGCUGGAGCUGCCCGGCCGGCCGCUCUGACCCCCUGGCCUGCGUGGAAAACUUUGAUUUAUCCAGCGACGGGGCUGCUGAGGGCAUUUCAGUCACACUUGGAGGCACCGGGUACGGGACGUUCACACCUGGACGCUCAGCCUGAGCAGCUGGAGCCGAAGUGCCUUGCUCAGCAGUGAGUUUGGCAGCUGAGAUUCGAACCAGCCGAGCCUCCAGUGUCCAGCUCUUCACCCGCCUGGACUGAACCCCAAUUAUCAAUCCUCUUAAUAUUUAUCUGAUCAUUUAAAUGUAUAUAGACUGCAUAUGGACUUAGAGACCUUGUUUUACCGACGAGAGCAUGACCUGAAAAUUUGAUCCUGAGCAUUUAUUUUGUGUCUGAGGUGAAAUCUCUCUCUCAGCCCAAACUGAAGGGAACACACUGUGGUGCUGUGGUGACGAUGUCAUGUUUGCUGUCCUCCUGUGAGGCGGUCACACUCAGGUACAGGACAGCACACCUGGAUCAAAGACACCGAGCAGGAGCCAUGCUCGUUAACAUGGGACUCAUAUUAUUUGCUAAUUUUCCAAUGAUUAAUUCCAAAUAGAGGCAUUUUAAACUGUAUUCUUGAAGCUGAGCCCAACAUUGAAGUUUUAGUUUCUGUAUCAAGGACAUCUUUUUUUUUUUUACUCCAUGACCUGUUUUUCAAUACGACGGCGUAUCAGGGCCAUUGUAGGAAAAAAAAUACAUUCACAAAGUUACAAGAAAAGGGAAAACUAGUUUUUCUUCUCCUGUGGGAUUCAGUCAGAAGGAAAUCCUGGUGAUUUUCACCCAGAAUCACAGUCUUCUCCUCAGCAUCUGGACUUUGAGGAGACAUUGCCAUGACUUGGGCCCAUUCAGAAGAAAACAAUAUUGUGUGAUUCUGGAUUAAAAUCAGCAGGAUUUCCUUGCAGCAGAGUCAACAUGUGUGGCUCCUCGACCAAAAAGUUAAAGAAAAUGAUUUUUUUCUUGUAAAUAUGUAAUUUCCCCCCUGUAAAUUUACAACUUUAAUCUGGGAAAGUCUAUGUUUUUUCUCAGAAUAUUACCUCCUCUCCCCCGGCUCCAUAAUUCUUUUUUUCCCUAUAGUGGCUCGAAUACUUGGUCGUACCUUUACUGUCAGUGUCAAGCCAAAUUCAGGUCAUCCUGCUGUUAAUCACUGACAGCACACAGAUGUAUAACUAAAAAUACUUUUAAUCAGCCAAAAGUCAUUACGCUUUGUUGGUUUUGACCCGGGAUCAGCGAGCAGUGCCGCUCAGCCGGCGUGGACGGCCAGGCUGCAGGUGGAUUUAAAGGAACACGCCAGCAGAUGCAGGAUCAUGGAGGCGCUGAGGAGUUCGAGGCACCGCAGAGCUGAUCUCACAGGAGCCACAGCCAGCGGGUUUUACAGUGUUUUGUAUUUACAGCUGCUGCCUUGCUUUUAAAAUUGUGUUGUUUCAUUCAAACCCUGUAAAUAAGUAAUUCCCAUAUUCCCUGGCCAGUCAGAGUCAGCCUCACAUCCCACUACUUCCUCUGCUUUUUCCCCUCACCACGGCAUGCCUGCCCGGCUCCGCUGGCUUUACAGUGUUUGUUUGAUCCUGUUUGUGUUUGAGGAAUCAGCCCAGACCCCUGACCAGCACCCCGCACUUAAUAUCCUUAGUAGGCAUCAACCAAUAUUGAUUUUUCAUGCCCGAUGCUGAUUAUUAGUAAUCAGUGACACUGCUAACCAAAAUUUAGCGCUAACAUUCAUUUGCAGUGAAUUUGCAAAUUGCCGUGUCAAAAUAAACACAAUUAGAAACACCAACACAAACCUUGCAAUGAAUUAACAAAUAUUUAAAUAAGAUUACAUUAGUAAACAAAUAAAUAAAUUGCAAGAAAAUCAUCCCCUCCUCCCGUCAAAAAAAAAGAAAAAAGAAAUUGCACUUAUAAUUACAAUUACUAUAUAUUUAUAAUUAUGAAAAUUGUUUUUAAGGCAGAUAAUAAAGGGGAAUACUUAAGAGCUUUUUCUUUCUGUUAAAGUCAGUGCAAAUCCAGCGAAACAGGAAAUAAAAAUUGUAACCAUAUUAUCAGAAAUGCUUCCCUGCCCGCUUACUUUUGUUCUGCUGUCUUUAAGUCUGUCAUAUCAGCCGUCAUGUAAAUCAAGAUUACGAUUAUUAUUAUUGAAUAUCAGCCUCAAUAAAUCAGCUAGAACCGAUAACUGGUCAAUCUCCAAUGUUUAGGAGCCACCCAGAAAACUUUAACCUGACCUGUGAACAGAACAGAAGGUAGGUAGGUAGGUAGGUAGAUACUUUAUUCAUCCCGCAGGAAAUUCACAAGGAUGGACGUAUAGAAAUCUGUGCAGCACUGUGUCAGCUGUGGCACGGUGCACUUUAGUGGAAAAACAGUUUUUAUGACAGUAAGUCUGAGUUUUGUCCUCCUGGCGGUUUACUGAGACGAGGCUGUGCCGUUCAGACAGGAGUGACAGGUCUCUCUCUUAUUGGUCCUCUUUAAAUAUAUCUCUAAUGUUUGCCUGGAGGCUGGGCCUUCACUAAAUGUACAACUGAGUGAGCUGCAUGAUAAGCAUAAAAAAAUCCAUCUUAUCAACAUCUUUAAAUCUUAUUUGUGAAAAAAAAAUCUGCCAGUGGGAUGAGAUAAUCCCACUUGUUUUAACUUGUU